GGUUAGCUUAUAGCUUCCAAAAGCCAGAAGCUGGCUGCAAAAGCUCAACCAAACACAGCGUCCGGUACUGCUAUCUCGGCCCAAGAAGCUCGGCAUCCUCAGCACCCAGGGCAAAUCUCCCUACACCAAAUCCCUGCACCACAAAGACCCACGGAUCGUUCCUGCCGGCGACAAAAGGUGCACAAAUCGCAUGGCGAGCUCCUCGGACCGGCGACAGGGCCGUCCCUGACCCAGCGCAUCCAGCCGGCGGCGCUGAACCGGCGCCGCCCCGCGAACCGCACGUAACCUGCUCGACGGAAUGCCCUAUCGGGACGUCGUCGCGGCGACGGCGGCCAUCGGCGCGCUCGCCCGCGGCGGCCGGCACCGCGACGCCGUGGCCCUCUUCUCCCGCGUGCUCGCGGACGGCGUCCCGACGCCGAACGAGUUCACCUUCGGCACGGUCCUCCGUUCGGCCACCGCGCUGCGCGACCCGCGCGUCGGCGCGCAGCUCCACGCCUGCGCCGCCAAGUCCGGCCUCUGCUCCAUCGUCUUCGUGGGCAGCGCCCUCGUCGACCACUACGCCAAGAUGGGCGCCAUGAGGGAGGCCCAGGGCGCGCUCGGGGACACCAGCGAGCCGAACGUCGUCUCCUACACCUCGCUCAUCGCGGGGUUCCUGAAGAACGGGAUGCCCGAGAAGGCCCUCCGGCUGUUCCGGUGCAUGCCGGAGAAGAAUGUGGUUUCCUGGAACGCGAUGAUCGGCGGGUGCAGCCAGGCGGGGCUCAGCGAGGAGGCAGUCGGCCUGUUCCGGGAGAUGUGUCGAGAGGGCGCCAGGCCGAACGAGAGCACGUUUCCCUGCGUGCUCACCUCUGUUGCCAACGCAGGGGCGCUUGGCGUCGCUAGAAGCGUCCAUGCGUCGGCCAUCAAGCACUUGGGCAAGCUCGACGUUUACAUCGGCAAUUCUCUCGUCAGCUGCUAUGCCAGGUGCGGCAGCUUGGAGGACAGUGUGCUGGCAUUCACAAGCAUGGAGCAGAAGAAUGUGGUCUCCUGGAACGCUCUGAUCUGCGGGUAUGCGCAAAAUGGGAGAGCGGAGGAAGCUUUGGCUGCCCACAAGAGGAUGAUAGCAACGGGCUUGAAGGCAGAUAAUGUCACUCUUCUAGGACUGCUGUUCGGUUGCAACCAUGCCGGUCUGGUCGACGAGGGUUAUUCGUUGUUCAAGACAGCCCAGAGAGAGCAACCCGGCAUAUUGAAGCCUGAGCAUUACGCUUGUGUUGUGGAUCUCUUGUCUCGCGCCAAACGAUUCGAUGACGCCAAGAGGUUUCUUGAGGACCUUCCAUUUGAGCCAGGCCUUGGGUUCUGGAAGUCAAUGAUAGGAGGGUGCCUGAUUCACUGGAACAAGGACCUCGCUGAGAGCGUCGCCAACCGUAUUCAUGCACUUGAUCCAGAGGACACUUCUUCAUACAUCCUUCUCUCUAAUGUUUAUUCUGCAGUUGGAAGCUGGAAGAGUGCGUCAAUGAUCAGGAGACAGAUUAAGGAGAAGGGGCUCAAGAGGAUCACUGGCUGCAGCUGGAUUGAGGUCCAGGACAAGGCCCAUGUCUUCUUCAAUGGAGACUCUAAACAUCCUCAGAGUGUUGAAAUUUACAAGAUGCUUGAGGUUUGCCUGGAUGCUGGUGAAGAUGAACACUGCCUUGCAGUAUGAUUGUGCAAAACGGUCUAAAUGACUGAGCUGAGGGAACAGAAAUACUUUGAAAAUAGCUACACCGACUGGCUGAGAGUCAAUUAGUCAUGUUCAUCACUCAUCUGGUUAGGUAGAUAUGGAUGGACUUUUAACUUGUAUGGUAGCAGGAGAAUAGGAGUUGGCCUGAUAAGGCCAACAGCGAACGGCAACUGCAGAGCACCUGGAGAUCAGAAGAUGGCCGGACAUGGCUCGUCUUCCAAGCAGAGGAUGGUGUUGCAAACUUGAAGCUUUCAGGGUGCUACUUGGUUUCAAGCUGCCGAAGAUAUUUUUUUAAAUAACUGUCAAGCUGUUGAGGAAUGUCCGACUAGAGAAAGAAAUUCUGUGAGCAAACUGCCAUGUAUUAAUGUGGAUAAGAAAAUAGUUCGUACCAGACUCAUUGCAGAGUAGCACAUUAAGCUA